GCGACGCUGAUGGUGGUGCCCUUGUUUGGACUUCAGUUCCUCCUGACCAUCUACCGCCCGGGCUCCAGCGCAUGCAAGUGGACAAAUUUCUACCACAUCCUGAACCACAUCAUAGAGGGCAGCACCGGCAUGCUCGUCGCCGUCAUAUUCUGCUACAUGAACAGCGAGGUGCGGACACUACUGAAGCGGAGUUGUCAUUGCCUCACGGAGGAGCUGGAAAGCCGCGGCAUCCUCCGUCUCCGUGACAACACGCACGCCAGGAGCAGGUACAGCAUGUCCACAGUCCACACUAUUGUGCCCGACACAAACGUUAACACUGGCGCUGUCAAACAGUUCCACAGCCACGAUGCUGACACCCACUUUAACACUGAAGAGGUAAACAACAAACGUCGGUCAGAUCUCCAGGCAACUUCCUGGCUCAACAAACAGAACCACUCGUCAGGUAUCGAUUUAAAUCAAGCUGCCAAACUGAAGGAGGGAGCCAUAACCGACACCAUAAUUGAUGAGUUCGAAGGUCAAUCCAAUAUUGAGAAAGUCUCUGGAAAUUUAUUUAGUGAAGAAAUAUCACAGCAAAGCCGAAAUACCCCGUCGUUGUUAACUAUCGAAGAAGUCAGUGCCAACGUUGAUUCACAAGACGGUAAGGAAUGGGCGAGGGAAAAUUCUCCCACGGUGAGUGACGUUUCAAAAACUUCUAAUAGGGAGACUUCUGUGAGUUACGUUAACCCAGCUGCAGAUUAGGCAGGAUUUACGAAAGCCAUCCAGUGGAAAAGUUUUGAUCGUUCGUCGGAAGGUCAUUAAAAUUGAAAGACGAGUGAAAAAUUAUGAAGGACUCUCUCGGAGUCGGGAACAUUUAGAAUUUCGAGUGCAGCCUUCAGAUGAUGGACAGCUUUAUAAUUUGGUCCAUUCUGUACCCGUCAUGCUUAUGGUAUCCGUUGGUGAUGAAUUUCACAAUUAGUAGCUAGCGCAUUAUACUUUAUUAAAUAAAAUAAAAUGUAUGAAUCGUAUCCGUCUUCACCAAAUAUUGUUAAUCGAAAACUGUUCAAUAUUUUAUGUGUUACGCAUGUUGCGAUCUGUUACUGAGAGUUGAUUAAUUAGUUAUUUUAAACUAUAUUGAAUUAGAGGAUGAAAUCUUUGUAUUAUUCUAUUUAUUACAUUAAAAUAAUAUGAAUCACUCAAUAGUUCAUUCACGUUUCAGUGUAUUGCAACUUAGAAUAAGUCAUAAAUUAUAUGCGUGUCCCUUUGAUUUAUUAAUUUUUGUCAACAUUGUCAAAAAUGAAUAAUAGUACGAUAUUUGUUCUGCGAGUAGACUACUCCAUUCAUAAAAAAGUGAGCGUUCAUAGUCAGAAUGUUUAGCUUAUUAAUGGCAGGGUUCAUUGUUAGAUUGCUUAGCAUCUUGUACAAUAGGUUGAGACGGAAAUGAAAAACGUUCUUCGACUUUAUGUCAUAGUAUAUAUAAUUCGAGCAUUUUAUUGGCAAUUUUUCUAUGUUUACCAAGCACUUCCUGUUGUAAAU